AUGACUGCCGUAACCACGACCUUGGCCGAGGACGAUCGGAGUGCUGCUAACACAGAUGCCUCCUCUCUGGUGCACGUUGAGCCCACCGCGGAGAAUGCCGACCUCUACACCAUGGAUCUCCCAGAGUACACUCAACAGGUCGCGGGCGGAGAAAUCUCGGUAGAUGCGGAGUCGACACAAAACGAAAAGCAGCACAACCAAGACCAGUCACCAGCAUACGAUCCACUCCCAAGCCCAGAACCACGGAGUCUUCAAGAAGAGCACAGACCAGCAGUAUGGCUUGUAAAGCGGAAGAGCCUGGCCCUGUCACCGCUUGCGGCUGCGGUGCUCACUAAAGAGGGUCUCCUUCAACCCAAAGACUUGCAUCUCAUAUCUCAAUACUCAGACAUGAAGCACGACCCCACCGACCCGGUAUCCGCUGCUUUUCUCACUACCUACGACGUGGUAAGCGGAAUCAUGCUGGGUCUCAUAGCAGGACCCGUCGAAUUGGGAAAACAAACAACACCACUGCUACUGCAGCGCGAGAUAAGACGCAAAGAGAAGCGCGACGGGACUGCUAGCCCAUCAAGUCCUCUAGACACCAAAGACUCGCCUCAUGCGGCACGCCAGGUAGCCCUCGGUACUGCCAAAGGAUUCGGACGCAUCAUCACCACCAGUCUGAAGAGUCCAGCGAUUGUCAUGCAUGGUAUUACUCGAGGUUUCCAUAACCUUCCCAAAGCGUAUGGUGAGGAGGUACGGCAGUAUGAGAAUGUGACUGGGUUGAGGAGUGGACUGCUGGUCAGCUUCAAGAGCUUUGGUUACGGACUAAGUGAUGGCAUAAGGGAUCUUAUAAUUAAACCCAUCGAUGGUGCGGAGAAGAAUGGUGUCCUGGGUUUUGCUGCUGGAUGUGCGACUGGCGUUAUGAAUGCGGCCUUUAAGCCUGCUGCUGGUAAGUGGCCUUUAUUAUAG